CCACCGAAGCUAUCCUUCCAUCGCAUCCCCAGCAAACCCUUUUUACGUGCGCCUGUGUCCCUGCCCCUGCGAAAACAGCGCCAUCACAAGUGCAUUUGGAGGCUGUUUUGGGCUUGUUGAGGGAGAGCAAGAUGCGUCGCAGCGUGGUUCUCGCGGCGCUGGGCGAGUCAUCACCCUCACGCGAUGGUGCGCAGUCAUCGCUGGGCAGCUACGACGUUAAAACGGCCAUUGGAGGCGGCUUUGGGCCCUUGCUCGGCAAGAAGCCUUUCAAGGUACCCUUGGGUCUAAGCAAGUCGAAGAAUGAAAGCGACCUUGGUCGCAGAAAGCGCAAGCAGGUCGACUACAAGGGAAUGGGUGGCGAUCUAGACGACGGGGACGACGAGGCGACAGUCUCGGACGACGAAGGUGGGCCAGGUAGACCGGCGAAGAAGGCAAAAAAGGGAAAGACAAUCUCCCUCGAGGGGAUGAAGGGCGUUGAUGCAAAUGGUCGGUCGCUUAAAGCUGACAAUCGCAAGUGGGAGGUGUUCAAGCCAAAGAAAGAAUCGAUCCAUAAGCGCUUUUCAAUUCCCGUCAUGCGCGCAAAGAAUGGUGAGAUUGUCGAGACGAGGCUGAGUGGCGCGGUACUCGGCACGAGACAGACGAUUGAAGUGCCGCCGAGGCCGCUCCAUGACCCGAUGGGCGAGCACGCCAUCGUCCUCUUUGAUCCUACCGUCGAUGAUCGCGAGGCCGAGAAGGAAAAGGAGAGGAUCCAAAAAGAGCAGGAAGAGGCUGAGAAGAAGCUCGACGAGGGUGGGUCACCGGCGCCCCCGCCGACUUUCGAUGCACAUACACCUCGAGGUCCGCACAAGAGCCUGGCCGACAUUCUGGGUAUUCGCCGCAAGCGAACGACGGAUGCCCUGCCCGUCAAGGUGCCUGUCGUGAUUGAUCCCAAAUUGGCCAAGGUCCUGCGGCCACACCAGGUUGAGGGAGUCAAGUUCCUAUAUCGCUGCGCGACCGGACUCAUUGCCGACAAUGCGUUUGGCUCGAUCAUGGCCGAUGAGAUGGGCCUUGGAAAGACGCUGCAGUGCAUCACGCUCAUGUGGACGCUACUCAAGCAGUCGCCAGUCCCUCGCAAGCCGACGAUUGAAAAGUGCGUCAUCGCGUGCCCUUCGAGUCUGGUUCGCAAUUGGGCAAACGAACUGGUCAAAUGGCUGGGAGCCUCUGCGCCUGGAAACCUCGCCCUCGAUGGCAAGCUGUCAAAGGAGGAAAUGGUCGCAGCCGUUCGCAGAUGGGCCGACAACACUGGCAAGUCUGUCACGCAGCCCGUCCUGAUUGUCUCGUACGAGACGCUACGCAACAUCACUGGCGAAUUGGGCAGCGCCGAGGUGGGCUUGCUUCUCUGCGAUGAAGGCCACCGGCUCAAGAAUGCCGACUCUCUCACGUACGAAGCCCUCGACCAGAUCAAUGUCAAGCGCCGCGUUAUUCUCUCUGGCACACCCAUACAGAACGACCUGACCGAGUACUUCUCCCUCGUCUCGUUUGCGAAUCCUGACCUGCUAGGUGGACGGCUCGAGUUUCGCAAGAAGUACGAGAUUCCCAUCCUCAAGGGGCGAGAUGCUGAGGCGACGGAAAAGGAGCAGGAGGACGGCAAAGCCAAGCUGCAGGAGCUCACGGCGACGGUGAGCAAAUUCAUCAUUCGAAGAACCAAUGACCUGCUGUCCAAGUAUCUGCCCGUCAAGUACGAACACGUCGUCUUCUGCCGAAUGUCGCCCUUCCAACUGGCCCUCUACAACCACUUUGUCAAUUCGCCAGAGAUUCAGAGGCUGCUUCGAGGCAAAGGUUCCCAGCCGCUCAAGGCCAUCAACAUCCUCAAGAAGCUGUGCAACCACCCGAAUUUGCUGGACCUUCCCAACGACCUCCCCGGAUGCGAGGCAAUGUUCCCGCCAGGCUACAACCCGCGUGACCACCGCAACACACACGUCGAGCUUUCGGGCAAAAUGAUGGUCCUCGAGCGAUUCUUGUCCACGAUCCGUGCGACAAGCAAAGACAAGGUGGUCCUGAUCAGCAACUAUACACAGACGCUAGACCUCUUUGAACGCAUGUGCCGCAACAAGAAGUGGGGCCUUUUCCGCCUCGACGGCACCAUGGCAGUAGCCAAGCGUCAGAAAUUUGUCGACCGGUUCAACGAUCCAGAAGGCGCCGAAUUUGUCUUUCUGCUCAGUUCCAAGGCUGGUGGCUGCGGCAUCAAUCUCAUCGGUGCCAACCGCCUGGUGCUCUUCGACCCGGACUGGAACCCCGCGUCAGAUCAGCAGGCCCUGGCCCGUGUGUGGCGAGAUGGUCAGAAGAAGACAUGCUUUGUCUACCGAUUCAUCUCGACGGGCUCCAUCGAGGAGAAGAUAUUGCAGCGUCAAUCGCACAAGCAGACGCUGUCCUCAUGCGUCGUCGACGAUGCCCAGGACGCCGAGCGCCACUUUUCUUCAAACGACCUGCGGGAGCUUUUCAAGUUCAACAAGAAGACAGACAGCGACACGCACGACACGUACAAGUGCAAGCGGUGUGCUGGGGGCAAGCAGAUCUCCAAGGCGUCAGCACUCCUCUACGGCGAUACCAGCACCUGGAAUCACUGGAGCCACGAUGAGCUGGGCAAGGUCCACGAUGACUUGCUUAGAACCGAGCUGAGCUUCGACGACGUCUCGUACGCCUUCCAAUACUGCAGCCACUAGACAUUCGAAUACCACACGACCAUGACCGCGACCAACCUCAGACCAAGAAGACUGACAGGACACAACACACAAUUGUAUUUAGUACCUUGAUAAGAAGAAGAAGAAGAAGAAGAAGAAGCAGUAGUAGCAGUAGCAGCAGCAGUAGCAGCAGCAGUUGUAGAAGUAGUAGUAAUAGCAUUAGUGGUAGG